AUGGGUUUCAAACGCGGAAAACGAGCUUCAUCUCCCGAAGAUGUCGAGCCAGCGGCGUCCGAAGACCGUUCCAAGAGAGCCAAAACAACUGGUGACACAGCAAAAGCCCAUCCAAAUGCUGAGAUAUCUUCAGCGUUAGAUAAAGCUCCCAAGACGGAUUCCAACGGCGACCCAUACUGGGAGAUCUCGCGUCAACGGCGUGUCACUAUAUCAACCUUCAAGGGACGCGUUCUAGUGAACGUGCGCGAGUAUUAUGAGAAAGAUGGACAGGAACUGCCUGGGAAGAAGGGCAUAUCUAUGACGCUAGAACAGUUCAACAGUCUCGUUACAUUACUUCCUGAAAUCUCAGCCGUUGUGGAACAGAAAGGAGGCAAGGUUAUCCGUCCGGAUUUCUCAGAAGCCUCCGCCACAGUUGAAGAUGAUGAAGAAAUGUCAGACGCGGAAGAAGAAGAGAAGUCGAAAUCCACUUCCAAGACGAAGAAGUCAUCUCCCACGAAAAACUUCGAAGCUACAAGUGAUGAGGAUGACGAAUAA